AUGUGGACCUUUCACAACGUACAUUUCCGGAUUUCGAGGGAUAUAAUGGCAACUUUGGUUGCGUACAGCGACAGCGGCGAGUCGGAGAGCGACGAGGAUGGGGCUGUCCACACGAAGAAGCGACAACGUGUCGAGCAGACGGCAGAUGAAGUGCGAUGGAUUCGCUCGUUUCCCCAUGUAGAUGGCAACUGGCCGUCGUACAUCUCCUUUCAAGUCCACCCAAGCAAGCUCAUGCGAGAGAUGGCGGACUAUGCCAUGCAGCUAGCCCAAACACGAGCUGCCCCAAUGGACUUGAGGCUGGUGCCCAUCGAAUCUCCUUACUCUGAGCCCUCCAAGGAAAGCGAUGUAGACUCAACAGGCGGCGUAUUCCACCUCAGCCUCUCGCGCACGUUUGUUCUCAAGAGAGCCGAGAUCGAUCCCUUCAUCCGCGCGCUACGACUAGCCCUGCGGUAUCGCAAGCGGCUUCGUGUGGGCGUCCAAGGACUCCGCGUCCUCGUCAACGACGAGCGCACUCGGCUAUUUGUCACUGUACCCGUGGUCGCUGGCGCCGCCGACGUCUGCCAUGUCAUUCGUUGCGUGGACAAAUGCAUGCAGCAGUUCGACCUGGCCGUCUACUAUGCCGUACGUCGUCCCCACCGGUGA